AUGAUUGGUGUCUGGACUCUUCUGUUCCUUCUGGUUGUGCGUAACACAAAACAGGUAGCGAAUGAAGACACUGAGUUCACGCAGCAGAGAAACGAUUCAGAUUUUGACAGUACACACGUAUUAUUCCAGAGCAUUCUGUUUUGUGGAACAGAUAUAAUCUGCAACAAGUCUUUGCUGACACUGUUCGACAUCCCGGACCAAAUGGAAUCUGGUACAACAAAAUGUGGGGUGUGCUCUUGCAGUGAACAUUGUUUUAAAUCGUCUAUUAGGAACUGUUGCCCCGAUAUUUUUUUCCGAUAUGGUCUUUUAGAAUGUAGAGAUGUACACCUUUUGUCCAAUGUAACACAUGCGCAGGAGGUGGUAGCCUCCUGUCCAAAAGGAACAGGUCUGCACCUAUCAAUGGAAUGUACAAAGGAACGAUCUAAAGCAGGCAUCCUACGUAAUCCACCAGUGACUAGUUCAAUGACAAAUAUAUCAUAUAUGAAUAAAUAUUGUGCAAAAUGCAAUACGGCAAGUAAUCUCAAGGAAUGGAGUGUGAUGUUUGGAUGUCCAAAGCCAGUGGAUUUGAAUUACCUUUCAUCCUACCAAGAUAUAAUCGAUCAUGCAAUUGUUCAAUCAUGCAACAUAUUGUUCAGUUCUCCCAAUUCAUCUCGAAAUUGUUCGAUUCUUUCAUCUGAAAUUGUUGCAUCGUGCAAUGUAUCGGGAUCAUGGGUUAAUUAUGACAAACAUAUGGAUCAAGCAUGUCAUAGCUCAUACUAUGCUCCAAUGGGUAUCUUCAAGAACAUAUUCUGUGCCAUAUGUAAUCCGCCUGAAUUUCAAGACAAUUUGAUGAUUGAAAAAUGUGAAAAUUCUACAACCACAUACAAGGAGGCGUGCUCUUUUCUACCGCUCCAAGAAGCCUCAUUUCCAUACAAAAAUUACUUUUGUUCUGCCUGCAACAACCACUAUAACCACACUCCAUAUUACACAGAUGUCAAACUUGGGUCCGUCAAUGAAUUCUAUGAAAAGGAUGGACAUCACCCCUUUCAGUUUACAAUUGAAUUUACUUAUAAUACUGGCAAUGUAAACCAGUACAUCAAAGAAGUCCUGAAAACGCCAAAUGUAGAACACAAUGAUCCAUCACCAUCAGGAGAUGAACACAGACACAGGAAACAAGAUCAAGCACAACGUCUACUGGAAGCCCCAAAUAUGCCAACCUCAAAGGACUCGACUUCAACUGUACAAGUUCCUACUAUCAACAUUACCAAUCUUAUUCGAAAAAGUUUUGCGUUCUCGGGUCAUGGUACUUGUGCACCCGGAUUAUUGCCAAACUACACCAUACCCCUACAGAAACCCUGCUCAUGUACCGUCGGAUGUAUAUUCGAUUGCUGUGACGAUUUUGCUUUAAGACAACCAUGGACUUGCAUCGAUGAUCGUUACAACAGAGAUGGGACAGACAAAGAUUAUCUCGCCAUAGGCGGAUGUACCGUGAAUAGUAAUAUGGCGCAUCUAUGCACCGGUGGUAAUAUUUCGCAGAUUUAUCAGGCAUUUCCGGUUACUUCUAUAAAUAAAUACAAAGUAACGUAUGCCAAUAUAUUCUGUUAUUUCUGCAACCAAAUCGUUAGCGAUGAAUAUGAUGCCAACAUUGCUGAAAACGCUCUACAUGAUCUAUAUAUUUGGCCGUUGAAUGUGAAAUGCAGCACAUACGUGAAUUAUAGAAACUUUGGAUCAUUGUUAAGUCUAAUGAAUUAUAUUAACCGGACUUCGUGCACAAUAGGAUUUGUACCAAUCGUCAAUGCUUCAAAAUGCACUGAUGCCGGUGUUACAGACGGUACUAUCAAUGCAUGCGAUCUGUUUACAGCUUGGUUGCCAAUUGACGAAGACAUUCGUGCUGCAUGUGAAUAUUCAGAAAUAUUCAGAUUCCCCCAGAUAAAAAUGGAUGAUAUCAUUUACAAAAAUAAAUUUUGUACCAUUUGUAAUGCCAUAGGUAUUACUGAAAAUUCAUGCAGUGAUUUCCCAGAAAAGUCUAGUAUUGUGAAAGCCUGCAAGGAAUUUCCAGACAUCAACGUUUGCAGUCCGUACAAGAACAUGUUCUGUGAAAUCUGCAUAAAUAAUGGCACAGAUUCCCCAUGUUAUGAAGUCUUAGAAAUUGAAUCAUCUGACGGUGAUGGCCGCACAAUCCCCACCACUUCUCCAGAUCCGCCCCCAGAUUUUGGGACUUUUAGAUCAACAUUCACACUGGCAGACUAUGACAGAUAUAGUACAGUUAUCAAAAAGAACAAAAAAGUGAAGUGUCACCAUAGUCAGAUAUUUGAUGAUUUUCAGAUAAUGGAUACGUUUUUGGAGCUUUCCGUUUUAACGUACAUCGUCACUUUUCUGAACGGUUCACAGGGAGUGUUUAUCUUCGUGAGUUAUGUUUGUAACGAACGAGGACGAAAGCUGUAUCGGAAGAUAUAA